GUCUACCGAUAAACCACAUUCAAACACCACGCGUCUAAUUCUUAAUUCAAAUAAUUAAAAAUUGUACCAAUAACAAUGACUUUAGCACGCGAAGAUAUUAACAACGAUGUUCUUAUACGCGAAAUGGAGAUUCGUCCCGCGUUGUACGAUAAACAAUUGAAGGAUUACAACGAUUUGCCCCUCAAGAAAUGUUUAUGGGAACAAAUCGCUGCCAAACUGUUCCCUAUUACCUGGCCACAAAUGACAGUUGACCAACGAGAUAAAGCUGUCCGUGACGCCCAGAAGCGUUGGAAGAAUCUCCGAGCGUGCUUCACUCGAGAAAUGCGCCUACAGAAGACCGGCCGUGACACUAAUAGGCGCAAAUACGUUUACUUCAACCGACUCAGUUUCUUGACGCCUUCCAUUGAGUUACAGGAAAUAUCAAAAACAGACGAUCUAGAUCAGGAAGAAUAUCGCGAAGAAGAAGAUUAUGAAGUCAAAGAAGAUACAAUAACAAUACCAAUAAAUCUUCCUUCGAGCAAUAUUUCAAAAAAACGAAAAGUAGAUCCCUUUAUUGAAUUUGUCGAUAACGUAAGCAAACACGAUGAAAACUAUUUUGAUCCCACGAACAAUUAUAAGUCGAAUUGCAUGCUGAAUAAUUGCAAUUCGAAAAUAGAUUCCGACCCUGAUACAAAUUUCGCCCUGUCAAUAGUGCCGAUGUUAAGAGUGAUACCGUUGCACAAAAAAGUCGAUGCUCAAAUAUCUAUAUUGCAGAUUUUGAAACAACACAUGAGUCAGGGGAAGAGAAAUUUGAAUUGCAAUGUGUCUAUAAAGGAGGAGAAUUUUUUGAGUGACAAUGAAAGUGACAUUUGAUAAUGUAAGCUCUAGACUUGUAUAAAGACUAGGAAGACUUUCAUAAUUUUGUUGUUACUUAGAACUAUUAUAACGUCGCAAUAAUUCGCGACAUUUCUGUCUCGGCGUCUUCUUAAGUUGGUGGAAGAGCUCAAUCGCGUCACACGCGCCGUGUAGUCAAUUUAAUUUGUAAAAUCAUUUUGUAUUGUAUUAACAUGUCACCCUUCAAUGUUUUAUUUUUAAAAUAAAUGCAUUAUCUGGGCUCUGUCACUCGCUCGAGGUUACGCGAUGAGUGCUUAGCGCCGAGUAUAUCGCCGACAGUGCAAACGCUUGUCUGAACAAGUCUUUCAUUUACAUUACAAUC